AUGUAUAGAAUAUUCCACGUGUCCCUGCUUAUUAUUUCCUACCUCUUAUCAAAUAUAAAAUGUUUUACGACAAAUAUCUAUGAUAGGAAUAGUUUGCAUAACUGUUCUAGUGUCUUAUGCUCCCAUGAUAAGUUAACAAAUAUAUAUAACAAUUCUAAAUUUAUUUUAGCCGAACUGGAAAAUAUUUUGUAUGAUAUACGUGAUGAAAAGGAUGCACAUAAGUCAGAACAUGAACAGGGCAAUGCUCUCGAUCUUGAAAUAAAAUUCCCUAAUUCUAAGGAUUACGAGGACUUGUCUUAUUUAAUUCAGGAUGAGGAAAAUGGAAAUGAAAGAAAUUUCGCUGAGCCUGUUCCAUAUAUCAUUAUUAGUAGAAUAGAUGAUGACGAUUUCGAAAAAUCAAUAUUAAAUAACACUACGGACAGGUUGGAUAACUCGGACAUUCGAGAUCUAACGGGCGAAGAACAAAUGGACGUGGCAUUUUCAAGAAUUCGUGACCUUGACGAACAGCAAAAACGCUUUACGGAAGAAAAAAGGAAAUUUAAUUUGAAGAAAUACUUAAGAUGA